GCUUAGUUUAACUCGACGCCGAUCUCCAAGCCCAACUCUUCACCCCCCCAAACUUUUCGUGACCUUCCAACUUCCCUCUCCUCUCCCCUUACUUUCCCCCCUCCCUUUUCCCCUCUCACUCCCACCUAACAAUGCUCUCCGGUAUCCUAGUUUUCAACCAAAAAGGCGAGAACCUCAUCUUCCGCGCCUUCCGCAAUGAUUGCCGCCCCCGGUUGGCCGACAUCUUCCGCAUCCAGGUCAUCUCCAACCCGCAAGUACGCUCGCCCAUUCUGACACUGGGAUCUACGACGUUCAGCCAUGUGAAACACGAGAAUAUCUACCUGGUAGCGGUGACUAAGAGCAACGCCAAUGCGGCGCUGGUGUUUGAGUUUUUGUAUCGGUUUAUAAUGCUGGGGAAAAGCUAUUUUGGGAAGUUCGAUGAGGAGGCAGUCAAGAAUAAUUUCGUUUUAGUCUAUGAACUGUUGGAUGAGAUUCUCGAUUUCGGCUAUCCUCAAAACACGGAAACAGACACCCUAAAGAUGUACAUCACGACGGAGGGAGUCAAAUCCGCCAUCACCAAUAACCCCACGGACUCCAGCCGCAUAACCAUGCAAGCCACCGGCGCGCUCUCCUGGCGCCGCUCUGAUAUCAAAUAUCGCAAGAAUGAGGCCUUCGUGGACGUGAUCGAGGACGUCAACCUUCUGAUGUCCGCAACCGGCACCGUGCUCCGCGCCGACGUCAACGGCCAGAUCGUCAUGCGCGCCUACCUCACCGGCACUCCGGAGUGCAAGUUCGGCCUUAACGACCGCUUACUGCUUGACACCGAUGCGGCCGGUAGCUCGCAAGGCGGCAACCGGGACGGGACGAUAAAGGGAACUCGCGCAGCGGCGGGCUCCGUCACGCUGGAGGACUGCCAGUUCCACCAAUGCGUGAAACUGGGCCGUUUCGACGCAGACCGUAUCAUCUCGUUUGUUCCGCCAGACGGCGAGUUCGAACUCAUGCGGUACCGUGCGACAGAGAACGUCAACCUCCCGUUCAAGGUACACCCGAUCGUGAGGGAAGUGGGUACGACAAAGGUUGAAUACAGCGUCGCCAUCAAAGCGAACUAUAGCUCGAAACUUUUCGCGACGAACGUCGUCAUCCGCAUCCCUACCCCGCUCAACACAGCCAAAACCACCGAGCGCACCAGCCAAGGUCGUGCUAAAUACGAACCCGAGCACAACAACAUCGUCUGGAAGAUCGCCCGUUUCUCCGGUGGAAGCGAGUACGUGCUCACAGCCGAGGCUACGCUCACCAGCAUGACACAUCAGAAGGCUUGGAGCCGGCCGCCGCUCAGUCUCUCGUUCAGUCUUCUCAUGUUCACGAGUAGCGGACUGUUAGUCCGGUAUCUUAAAGUUUUCGAGAAGAGCAAUUAUAGCAGUGUGAAAUGGGUGCGGUAUAUGACACGAGCGGGAAGUUAUGAAAUUCGAUUCUAGCUUGUCACUGCAGGUCAGGCGGCCAGAUUCACCAUUAUCAAGGCAUUACCAAUAUCAUCAUCACUAUCAAUAUCAACAUCUACUAACCAUGAGCUGGGUGUAUGGCGUUGUGGUCCUUAUUUAUUUACUGGAUAUGUACUAUACGAGCGAGACUACUAAUUGUAUAGCUUUUCCGCGGAUCCUCUUUUAUAAUCAAGUUUCAGUCCAUCUUUAGCGUUGCCUUUUUGCUCACUCCAAGCCAAGGGCCGAAAAUAAAUGGUAAGCACCGGGUAUAUGUACAAACCAAA